GCUGACUUCUGAGGUUCUGAGUGCUGACUGACUGAAACUGAAUGCUGAUAAUAUUAUUAUAAGAAAAAAGCAAGUUAUUUCUAAUUUCUAUUGCUGCAUGGUCUGCAAUCUUAAAUUUGUGAUUUGAUAAGACGUCAUUUGUACAACAAUUUUAUUACCAAUUUGACUUUUAAAGUGAGUGAUUUUGAAAAAAUAUCUCCCGUUAAAAUGGGUUUGAUUAUUUCUGUUUUUGAUUUCUUUAUGAAUUUCGUGAUCAGAGACUAGGAAUGAUUUUGCCCACUUUUCGCAUGUUUGCUGGUCCCUCCCUGUGUGCUGUCAGGUAUUUCACCAAAGGCUUCCCAGCUUCAGUGAAAGACAGUUUGUAGUUUAGGAGCGAUUUUUCUUUCAUUUUAAAGUGAAAUGAAACGUAGUAGUGUUAGAAUCGCCGGUCUUAGUGAUAAAAAAGCAAAACAGGAAGAAAUCCCCGUUAAGAAGCAGGAGAAGAAACCGAAGAAGAACAUAACUAAGAAUAAAAUAGAGAAAAAUCCUGUAAAGGAAGUUUCUGUUGAAACUGGUAAGAAACAGGAAAAGAACCCAAAGAAAGGAAAUAGCGCUCGAAAUAAGAAAGAGGAGAAGGCUGAGUCUGAGAACAUGGGGGAUGCUGAGUGGAAGAAUGCUGAGUCUGUGUAUGCAUUCACCGUCAAUGAUAUUCAGGGCAAUCCGGUGUCGUUGGAGAAAUACAGAGGACAUGUACUUCUGAUUGUGAAUGUUGCAUCAAAAUGUGGAUUUACAGCUAGCAAUUACAAGGAAUUGGCAGAAUUGGAUGAAAAAUAUCGUGAAUCAAAAGGUCUUCGCAUAUUAGCCUUCCCUUGCAAUCAGUUCAGCAACCAAGAACCUGGUUCGGCUGAGGAUAUCGUCUGCUUUGCCAAAAAGAAGAACGCAAACUUUGAUAUGUUUGAGAAAAUUGAAGUCAAUGGAAGGGACGCCCAUCCUUUGUGGAAAUACUUGAAGCUCAAGCAACCUGGAACGUUUGGAGAUAAAAUCAAAUGGAAUUUUUCCAAGUUUAUUGUGGAUAAGGAGGGACAACCAGUUGCAAGAUUUUCGCCUAACACUGUUCCGAGUAAAAUUGUUCCAUCGUUGGAGAAAUACUUCUAAAGAAUUAAAUGUCACAAAACAGUAAUGUGUGAAGACUGAUAAGUUUCUAUUAAUAUGAUUUAGUUUGCUAGAGUUGUAUAAUAGAAUUCUAUGUGAAGGGUGAUUUGAGUAUUCGGUUUCUGUUUUCUUCUCAAUUUUCUCAAAUGAUUUACGAUUUAAAAAAUAGUUGAAUUUUCUAUCAAUCAUUUUAUUUCACUUGUCAUUUUCAAAUUCCUUUUUUAUAAAGAAACAAAUCCUUGAACUGCAUUGAAGUAGUUUGAGCUGUAUAGGAUAAGUCAUGCAACAUCUCCAGCAUAUUAAUUUACGCCAUUUAUUAUUCAAUUUAUUGGAAAAUGAGUAAAAUGCUAUCAGAAAUAUUCAGGUGUGUUAUAUCAGAAAAUUGUCAUCUAUCCUCAAUGUUGCAUUGUUCGCUGUUUUUCAAUGUUAUUUAAUGGUAUAAUUUUGAGCAAUCGUGUUAUACGUUUUAAAAAGAGAAUAUUGGAAUAUAAAGUGGCCUUCUUCAAGCACUUCUGCCAUCAACAAUAAUGAAUCAUUAAACAUAAUUAUUAUGUAUAAGUGUCUUAUUUUUAAAGCGUCAAUUACAAUUUCUAAAUGUGUUGAUA